ACAUGCCAAACAAGUUUCUCCCGAAAGUGCACCAGCAGAAAGAGAGAAAGGAAAUAGACGGCUUCGGAUUAGUGCGAUAUCUCGAGAGGAAGGUAAAAGCGGGUAAACAGAAACAUCAACCAACAAAGGUGUGGAAAAGGUGUUUCAUUUGUGUUGCAAGUGCACAUCCGCUCCUGUUCGCCGUAGGCUACCGUUUGGCGAAGGCUGAUUUCAUUAGACUGUUGUGCUGCAGCGAGUUAUUAAAAUUUCUCCAACCUGAAUUGUUACGAAACUGUUCAUACAACUACGGAGCAACCGGAAAAGCUUAUAGUCAUCAUUGUCGUCGGUUUUAAUUAAAUCAUCCAGCUUCUCUGACGACCAGAGGCCUCAAAGCAUUGCACAGACCAGCGCAUUGCAAAAGGUGAACGACUGAAGCCAUCAAAGUUUGACCACGAAUUGUGCGUAAUCGCAACCAACCAAUCGUUCGCUGCUGCAUGUGUGCGUGUGUGUCUGUCUGUCUGUCUGUAGGUGAAGCUGCAUCAGCAAGAGCGCCAGAAGCGGCAGCAGUGUAGCAUUCGUUACAGUUAUUUGUUCGCUCCCAAUCCGCUUGAUCCGGCUAUCCCGGCUGUGCACAGUGCGCUGAGAGAAGAGAAGAAAGCCAAACACACGACGCGAUCAUCGUGAAAACAAAACAGCCUCGCUGCUAACACUCGCACGGGCCGAGGCGGACGGCAGCGCGUUUGAGAGGGGUGCUAUCUCGCGGGCGGGAUGCUUGCAGAUCAGGAACCUAGAUAAACCUGAAAACUAGAACCCCGGGGAAAAGCGUACGAAAGAAAGCGCCCGGACGAUAGAGAGGGAGAAAAACUGGUAUCGGAAAGCUUGCCAACCACCACCACCACCACCACCAACGCGGCAGCAUCAGAGUGUGGGGCAGCAUAGUUCCAGUUUCACAUAACACACACCACAGUCUGCAAAGAUCCAUCUGGCAAAGACAAACACUCUUGCCCAGUGCGAAUCAUCUCUACCUUACCUGUGUGUCUAAGGCAUCACUCUCCCCUGGAACAAUGUCAUCAAACGGAUCGUACAAUUUAACCGUGGACGGCGAGCUGCGCUAUGUUGCCCAGUGGUUCGAAGAGUGGAGUGACUUCCAGCGAGAAGACUUCAUACCGUACCUGGUGUCCUACCUGUCACAGCAAGCCGGGAGUGCGGGGUACGUGAACGGACUCAUCAGUGCCAUGGCGCAGAUUAAUCCCGGUCAGGAUAAGCCGAUGAGUCUUUUUCAGUGCAGGGUAAAGCUAUUCAACGAAUGGUGCAUCAAAUGGCCGGAAGAGUUCAAAGCUAAACUAUUGGAGCGUCUAGAGCAAACCGAUAGCACGUUUGGUGCACGAAUACGAACGGAACUGGAGUGCAGCGCCAAGCCGAUGAAUGGCUGCCUGGAACAGCAGCCCGAAACGCAGCAGCAGACAAACGCGGAAGCUGCAGCGAGAGAGCUGGCAGAUGACUCGGAACCAAUCGGCUUGAUCGUGAAUGCCGAACCCGUCAUGGUGGCGGCAAAUGCCAUCCUCGUCGCAGACGAAGAUUAGGUGUAGUGCGCUGAGUACGCGACAGCGCAACGAUAUGAACAUUCCAACCGGGUACCUUUUACUGUGCGCCUUUGUCUUGCAAACCACAGGGGCAAACCGAUCAUGACAGGCGCCGUGCAUGUUCGUGGCGAUGCCAUUUAUAAUAGCAUCAUAGGGCAAAAGACACACUCACUAUUUAUUACCUACUGGUCGUUAAAAGUAGCCAUUCCAUAACGAGGAUAUCGUGCCUCGAAUUUCACAGUUCCAUAAUGCAUUAUUUAAAUAUUACAUUUUUUCACUUAUCUACCAUACCCAUGGGUAUGAAGAAUUGUUGAAUCUCGGCGAAGAGCAGCUCGAAUUGUUUCCAGUAUUAGCAGAAGGAACAUAGGCAUGCUAACUGUUCAAAAAAUACUAUUGGAUUGAGCAUAUAAAAGACUUACUAACUUCCGAUACAGUAUACACCGUUCGAAGAUAAUCAAACAAACCCGUUUUCAAUUGGAUUGAGAUCGGACAUUUAAAAAAAAGAAUGAUUGUUCAGCAGUGUGAUCAUUCUUCCGUCUGCCGUUUAUCGUAUCACUAGUGUAAAUGAGCUGUACUGAAUAAAGUAUAAAUAUUAACAAAACCCCUUCACAAAGC